AUGGUACCAGGAAACACUCAAAGCGUUGACCUAGCUGGGGCCUGUAUUGCCAUAGCAAGGAAAAAAAUGGAAACACUUCAGAAGGAUGUAAAAGGCAGAAACAAAAAUGGCUGUACCUCAGGGUCAUGGCCACUGAGGAUCCUGCUGGUGGGCAAAUCUGGUUGCGGGAAAAGUGCCACAGGGAACAGCAUCCUCUGUAGACCAGCAUUUGAGUCCAGGCUUAGAGCCCAGUCAGUGACCAGAACCAGCCAGGCAGAGAUGGGUACAUGGAAGGGAAGGAGCUUCCUAGUGGUGGACACGCCCCCCAUCUUUGAGUCAAAGGCCCAGAACCAAGACAUGGACAAGGACAUUGGAGACUGCUACCUGCUGUGUGCCCCAGGACCCCAUGUGCUGCUGCUGGUGACCCAGCUGGGACGCUUCACAGCCCAGGACACCAUGGCCGUGAGGAGGGUGAAGGAGGUCUUUGGGGCAGGGGUCAUGAGGCACAUGAUUGUCCUCUUCACCCAUAAGGAAGACCUGGUAGAUGAGAGCUUGGAUGAGUUUGUGAGCCACACUGACAACCACAGCCUGCGCAGCCUGGUGCAGGAGUGUGGGAGGAGGUACUGUGCCUUCAACAACAGGGCCACUGGGGCUGAGCAGCAGGGGCAGCUGGCAGAGCUCAUGGCCCUGGUGCAGAGGGUGGAACAGGAGCAUGAGGGUGCCUUCCACAGCAAUGACCUUUUCCACCAUGCCCAGGAGCUCCUCAGAAAAGGCUGCAGAGAGCAACAGAAAGCUUCCAAGUGCUACCUGGCCAAGGUGAGGCAGGAGCUGGAGAAGCAGAAGCGAGUUCUGGAGGAGCAGGAGCGCAGCCUCCAAGUCCCAGUCUGGGAGAUUCGUGCUUUCUUCGUGUUGUCUAUAUUAAUCCUCAUUACUGUUGUUCUGCUCAUAGUUAACAAUGUUUGAUGCUCUGCAUUUUAGAGAAGUUUCUAAAGUUUUCAUUGCUCUAUGCACCAGCUUCCAGAAAACCACUGUCCUGUGUUGGGAUGACCCACUAACACUGCGAUUUCUGUCUAUGAAAACGUGUGUGCUCAUGUUUUUAGUUGCUAGCAGGAUAUGUAAAUACUUGUCACUACCUCACCAGUUCCCAAAAGGCAAGCUCCCCACUGGUUGGGUAAACACUGUUUCUUGCAUCACAGAGAGCUGGCUGAGCUGAGGCAGAAACAACUGUCAGAAGGAUCCUAGGGGUUAGAAACAGAAGCAGACAGAGGCAGACAGAGGCAGACAGAGGCAGAGGGAAGGCAGAAGGGAGAAGCAAGGCAGGGAAGUAAGCAGUGAGAGCCCUGUGGAGCUACAAAGUAGAGGAGAGGUCAGGUCACUUAGAGGCUAGCCUAGAGACUGCCCCAGCACAAAGCCAACAGCUUUAAACUACACAGCUGUCUCAGGUCUUUAUUAUUAAACCUCAAGCGGGGUCCCUGAAAGACCAGCAAUACUCCUGGUCUGACACAUUGCUGUUCUGAGUUCCUGUUUGGUCCAGGCUUCUAUCCUCAGCUCCAAGGAUGUCUGGUCUAAAUACUUAACCAUUCAUUUAUGAACUAUGGCUUCAGAAAAGAGCCUGCAGGCCCAUGCUAACCAAGGAGCAGUCAGUCAAAGUGUCUGGGGGAGGAACUACAGGUGUCUCCUUUCCCAGGGAGACCCACAGAGACAGUCUCUCCCUUCUUGCUGUGAGUGUUGUCUGAUGAGAUGGAGGAAACUGAGCUCCCCUACUACCCAGCCCUAAAGCUCACCCAGUUUUGGUAUUGUCGCACAAGUUGG